UUUACAGAAACUAAACACUCGACGUUGCUAUGGUUACGCGUGACACUACCAGAUUGAUGAGGCCGUAUUGAUACAAAGGCAUCGAAUCUACGUGCUAACAUUUCACUUUAAAGUUGUGAAAAUUUAUUCAAUGUUUACUAACUUUAAUGAUAUUUAUUUUUGGCAUCUGCAUAAAUCCAACUUAUGAUCAAAAUCCUUCAAUAUGGUGAGAAAUAGAAGAAUUCAAACGUAAUAGUUGUUUUAUGAAAGAUCCUGAUGUUAGCCACUGUGAAACCUGUUCACCACCAGUUGAUAACUCCACCAGCUGUGUCUGGUAUGAAUAGAUAUGUGACAUUAAGCCAACUUGGAGAUGGAACUUAUGGCAGUGUUAUGCUUGGACAGCGUUUAGAUACUGGUGAAAAGGUUGCAAUUAAAAGAAUGAAGAAAAAAUAUCAUUCAUGGGAAGAAUGUAUGAGCCUAAGGGAAGUUAAGUCUCUGCAAAAAUUGAGUCAUGCAAACUUAGUGAAAUUGAAAGAAGUUAUAAGAGAAGAUAAUACUUUAUACUUUGUGUUUGAGUACAUGAAGGAAAAUUUGUAUCAACUCAUUAAGGGGAGGGAUAAUCCUUUUCCAGAAAAUGUGAUAAAAAAUAUACUUUAUCAGAUUUUGCAAGGCUUAGCUUUUAUGCACAAGCAUGGCUUUUUUCAUCGAGACAUCAAACCUGAAAAUUUGCUAUGUAUGGGACCAGAUCUUAUAAAAAUAGCUGAUUUUGGCCUUGCACGGGAGAUUCGUUCCCGACCGCCUUACACAGACUAUGUUUCUACUAGAUGGUAUCGAGCUCCUGAAGUUCUCCUUAGAGCAACAAAUUAUAAUUCUCCCAUUGAUAUGUGGGCUGUUGGAUGCAUAAUGGCUGAGCUUUAUAACCUUAAACCGUUAUUUCCUGGAAGAACUGAAAUCGAUCAAAUAUUUAGAAUAUGCUCACUUCUAGGAACACCAGAUCAAAGAGAUUGGCCAGAUGGAUUUAUCUUAGCGUCUGAAAUGAAUUUUAAAUUCCCUCAGUUUGUUGAAAUGCCAAUUCCAUCAUUAGUUCGUAAUGCCAGUCAAGAUGGUUGUGUUUUGUUAAAAGAUUUGCUUCGAUGGAAUCCUGAUAAAAGACCAACCGCUGUUAUGGCUGCUCGUUACAUAUACUUUCAAAAUGGUCUGAAACCAAUGUCGCACACCAAUCGUCGUGUGUCUGCUUUUAAUCGCCAUCUUCCAGAAUCUUACCAAGAGAAUGUACCUAAACUGAAAGCACUAGAGGAAAAAUCAGCAUACAGAAAAAGAUGGGGUGGAGACCAACUAGCACAAGAAAAUACUGGCCCAUCUGACUCUGAAAACAGCCUUAUUGCUGAUAAAGUUAUUGAAAGACAGCCAUCCCAUGAUGUUACUAGAUUUUCAGCUAAACAACAGUACAUGAAUAAACCAAGAUAUGUUUCUGGAAAUAUUUCAAGAAGUGUCCUAUUUAAUGAAGCACCAAGGUUAAAAAUGAAUGGUCAUUUUAAUAAUUCAUUUUCAAAUUCAUUUGAGCGACGCAACUCACAGCCUACUGUCAAUGGUACUCCAGUACAAAAAUCGGCCAGAAAUUAUGGACAGGCCUCAAACCCUGUGUUUUCAAUACCUGGAAAAAUUGAUUGGAGUGCCAAGUAUCUAAACUAGUCAAACUGAAUUCUGUGGUAAAUUUUAUCCAGUAACCUCUUCCAAGAUUGCUCUGAUUUUAAAUCUAACAAAAGACAUUUUAGGUUUAUUCUUGUAACUAUCAUUUCAUUAGUUAUUUUAUCCUGUAUCUAUGCCCUUUGUAAUUUUAACAUGGUUACUUGAAAGAAAAUCCAGCCAUCUUUUAUUUGAUGUAAACAUAAUUAUCAUAUUUAAAAAUUAUUGUAGCAGAAAGUAUUGUUAAUAAGUAUAUAUUAUGAAUACAGCAAAUAUACAGUAGAGCUCUGUAUAUCUGAAACCUGGUAAUCAAAAUUUCUGAACCGAUACUACUUGUCAAAAAUUAUAAAUUAAUAGAACCAUUUAAAAUAUUUAUUAUGUAACUAAAAACAACUCAGUCAAUAAAACAAAAGAAUAAAAAAUAUAGAUUAAAUAUUGAGGAGUGAAUCAUUCAAAUCCAAGGAUAGAAUAAAUUUGCAUAAUUUCUUCAAGUAAUUUAAAUGAUUAAUAUCAAAAUUAUAUAAAGCAUGAUGCUUGAUUGGGAAAAUAAGACAGAUUUGAACCUUGAUUUAAAAUGUGAUAUUUGAAUGAUUCAAUAUAACAAUAUGGGUAACAGCCCUAAUUUAUUCAGAUUAGUGAGGUUCUACUGUAUUAAGAAUUUUUCCCUUUUCCUUUCAUUUCAAAAUUAUAUUUACUAAGUUACAAAAUGAAAUCAAAUAUUUCUGCAAAGAGAAUAUUUGAAGAUGUGAUUGAUGGGAAAAGCAUGUUUAUUUUUGCAUAGACUUUUAAAGAGUGAUUGAAUUAAAUGUGAUGUGCCUCUUAUACUUUUUAAAUUAUUAUUAUUUUUUUUGCACAUCAUCAGGUGAUCAGCACGGGUUUUUUUGUUGUACAUAGUUCAUAUCUAGUCAUAAAAUUUCAUUGUAUAUGAAGCAUAAUGUGUUUAUUUUAAUCAAAAAUGUGUAUGAUAAAAUUAAAAGAAUGUAAUAAGACAUAGCUGAGCUCAAUAAUAUGAAAUAAAAAUAUUUUACGAUUAAAGAUUUUACUUUAAAAUCAAUUUUACUGUGCCUUAAACAUGAUAAUAAAAAUAUAGCUAAUUGAAUAGCUUCAAAUUAUUGAAUAGAACUAGCGUUUUGAUAAAAUAAAAGUUGUAACUGCUUAAGUUUUAAAAUAAAAAAACUUCACUGAUUUAAUUAAAAUAAUUGAAUUUUCUGUUUGAAGAAAAAAGAAGAUGAAAUAAAAGUUAUCAUGUAAGAUAAUCAUUCUUAGAUAAGUUGCUAGUUAAGUAGAUUAAUAAUAAUUAAAUAGGGAAAAAUAAAAUGUUUACUUAGAGUUAUUUUUUUAUAAGUUUAACUUCAAACUGACAAUUCAAUUAAAUAUUUUGUUAUUUGUGAUAAUUUGUUGUCAUUGUUCAUCAGUACAUAUCAUUAAUUAUGUUUGAAAAGUAAGAAUGAAACUAAAUUAAAGAUGUAAAUACAGCAAUGUUCAUAAUAAAACAUUUGGUAUGA